CGGCGUCUACGUCUGCGUCUGCGUUUCUCUGUCUGCAGUGACUCGAGACACAAACAGGCGGCCAGACAGGACGACGGUUCACGCUGAUCCCUUUUUGCCUACUAUUCAUUCUCUUCUCGCCUUGUGGGGAGGACAACCCUCGCACAUCAAUCGUCACUUGCAUUCCGUUGCCCCCUCUCCACCAAAACAUUUCACCGCACGGCUGGGCUCGUGGCAGCAACAAAGAGCAAACCCAUCCGGAAACCAAAGCCAAACCAUCUCCGAAUCAUCUUCUUGCUGUCGAAACCCUGAUUCACUCAUCACCGGAGCAAUCGGCGGGUUGGGCGGCACGUCAAACACACAAAGGCCACACCCCCCCCUCCUUGGGCACGCGGCGACAGGUUGUUCAGCAUCGUACAUGGUCGCGACAAGAAAGCGGCGCGGCCCCUUUUUGUUUCUUUUCAUGAAACUCCAACGUCCCGAGAGCUGAUAAACUACCUCGCGCACGCCCAAGCACCCAUCUCUUACGCCGACUCGCCUGUCGUUUCGCCAUUUUUACUGUAAACGUUACAAUCUUCUUCUGGUCCUUUCCCGUCGUUCUUCUCCACCGAUUUCCAGCAUCGGCGUUUCAAACAUUUGCUCGCGCCGCCGUCAUCAUCAUCAGCCGCACCACCUGCUCAGCCCUGUCCUUGUCGACCAUCGCGGAAUAGAGUUUGGUGCCGACGGUCGCUCUUACACGAGGGUUGCAUUCUUCGGCAACGCCCGGCUCCUGCUGCGAUAAAGCAGAACCUUCGUUCCAUCCUUCAGUCCGUUGUCGCGCCUGUGGUGCGUGCCAGCUGCGAAGCGCUAUUCACAGGUCCGGUUAGGGUGCCAGCUGGAGUGGCCUCCACUAGGUGCCAAUCUCAGCACCCUAAGGGAACCUUAGUCAGGUGCCUGCCUGGCCGACACCACCCACCAACUCGAACGGACUCCCCCCCUCCCCGGCUCCCCGCCCCAGGACGGGAAACCGCCUCAUCCACCAACGGCGCCACCAAACCUCCCCUAGCUCACCUCAGCUCGCUAGGUCAGGUACCGUCCAGGCCCGCCGCUCUCCAGGGCGUCAGGGGAUCUGCCCACACCUGCCCGGCAUUGUGCCUGUUCUCAAUACAGGCUACCACCAGCACGCCUUGUGCCCUUCCCUGUUAUUAUUGUCUUCACACCCUACCUGGGCAUCCUCCUCGAAACAUCUCUCUCUCCUUCCUGUCACACAUGAUGCCGCUCUGCCCGCGAGCGUAGCAGAACUUUGGCACCAUCUUUCUUUAAAGUGACUGGCCGCCUGGUGGUCCUGUCACCGAUCCUUCCGCUUAACAUCACUCUCUCGCCCUGCGGACUGGCAACCUGUCGACCAGGAGCCCUCCCAGGUUCAUUUCAACACUACCUUCUCUUUGUCGCGUCUUCUUCAGGCUCGACCUCUUUCCCACGCGUCCUCCCCCUCCUCGCAUUCGAACCACUUCCCUACGCUGGCGCGGGAUCGCCAACGCCCCGUUACGCCGUCAUCAACAUGGAUCCCACGCGGACCCUGGAAACAAGAGCAGGCGGUGGCUCUCGCACAGAGGUACAGCCCAGUUCAACGAUUGCCCCGUAUUACACGGCGCUAAAUGGCGUGAACCAGCCCAUGAACUUGUUGUUCAAGGACAUCCUGUGGUGGAGCUUGGGCAUAGUCGCGCUGGUCGUGCUCUCCAUUCGGAUCCUGGAGAUCCUAUGGGCGAAGCUUCGCCAGGUGUCGGCCAUGUCGGUGCCGCGUGAGAAGCAAAACUACUGGAAGACGUCGCAGUGGAACUGGAUGCCCGGCAUGAAGAAGCAUCUCAUCUACGCGCCUCUCUUUCGGAAACGCCACAACCGCGAGCUGCGUCUAUCGACGGCUCUCAAUGUCGGCACCCUCCCUUCGCGUCUGCAUUUUAUCCUCCUUUUUCUCUAUCUUGGCAGCAACAUCGUCUAUAUGUUCUUCCUGAACUGGGCCGUUGAGAACAAGUACAAGUUCUGUGCUGAGCUGCGCGGUCGCUCAGGCACUCUGGCGAUCGUUAACAUGGUUCCGCUUAUCAUCAUGGCAGGUCGCAACAACCCGCUGAUCCCGCUUCUAAAAAUCAGCUUCGAUACGUACAACCUCCUCCACCGCUGGAUGGGCCGCAUCGUGGUUGUCGAGGUCAUCAUUCACACCGUCGCCUGGUCCAUCCCCGCCGUCGCUAACAAGGGGUGGAAAGCGUUUGGCGCGGUUCUCACAAGCUGGUUCAUCGGCUCUGGCUUCUGGGGAGGUAUCGCCAUGACCCUCAUCUUGAUACUCUCUCUCUCGCCCCUCCGUCACGCCUUUUAUGAGACGUUUCUCAACGUGCACAUCAUUCUCGCAAUCAUUGCCUUUGGAGGCACGUGGAUCCACUGUGCGGCCGCGAAGCCAGCCCUGCCGCAGCUUCCAUAUAUCGUGGCCAUUGUGGCGUUAUGGAUCGCUGACCGUGUAGCCCGAGCUCUCCGUCUGGUCAUCAACAACUGGUCGAGCCGAGGCUUCACCGACGCUCUAUGCGAAGCCAUGCCAGGCGAUGUUACCCGAGUCACCGUCUAUCUUCCCCGCUACGUUAGGAUCAAGCCCGGCACACAUGCAUACCUGCGGUUCUCGGGCAUCUUACCAUGGGAGAGUCACCCAUUCUCGGUGGCUUGGGUUGAUCACUACGCCACCAACGCCCUGCCGAGCGCCGAGAAGGAGCCUCUGACUGGCCUUGACAAGAGCAAUGCCGGCACGGCCGUAUCCUUUAUCGUCGGCGCCCAAACCGGUAUGACUCGCAAGCUCUUUGAGCGUGCCUGCGAAUCCAACAAAGGCAUCCGACUCCGUGCAGCAUUAGAAGGCCCCUAUGCUGGCCACCACAACCUCGACUCCUACGGGCACGUCGUUCUCUUUGCUGGAUCAACAGGCAUCACGCAUCAGAUUUCGCACAUUCGCGACUUGCUUCUGGGCUACAACGAGAACAGGGUUGCCACGCGCCGCCUUACACUCGUCUGGAUCAUCCGCACCUACGAGUCCCUCGAGUGGGUACGCCCAUUUAUGGACGCCAUCCUCCGUAUCCCCAACCGCAAGGACAUUCUCCGCAUACAGGUGUUUGUCACUCGCCCAGAGAAUCCGCGCGACAUUGUAAGCGCCAGCUCGACCGUUAAGAUGUUCCCUGGCCGGCCCAACGUCCCGCUGCUCCUGGCCAAGGAAGUGCAAGACCAGAUCGGGGCCAUGGUUGUCAGCGUCUGCGGAGCUGGUGGCCUGGCCGAUGACGUGCGAGGGGCCGUGCGUCGCUUACAGGAAGACACGGUCAUUGAUUUCAUCGAAGAGAGUUUUACGUGGUGAUUUGGGAGCGAUGCAUCUGCAGGAUUCUUUUUUGUACAUAUUCAAGAACUGGGAUGUAACUCUUGGGUCUCUCCCCUAUCCCCGUCUUCCACUUACUCUGACUCGUCUUGAGGAGGAUUUGACCUCGGCGAGAGGAGCAAAGUAGACGCGGGUAUGUAUAAACAUGCGUUACGGAGCCGAUCACGAUCGGCCAAGUCGAUGGUUAUACCGCAUGGCAUUUCUAGCGAUGAUGCCCUCCCUAUUCGAGGGGCAGUGGAAUAGAGACUCUGCACACACGUUUCACAACGUCGUUUGAUGGCGUGACUCGCAAACAACCAAUCACAAUAUCGAUGAGCAUUGGCCACGCGUUCUUGGGAUGAAUCGUUUCGAUUUGCUUGCUCAACGCCUGAGAUGCUCCGCUUGUUUGAGUCUUGUCCAUGUCACACACCCCUCCUUCCAAACAAAUGUGGCCCGACAGGACGAUACAUCAAGACAUAGGACGUUUCGCCGUCAUCCCACCCCCCAAAGCCAGGCACGGCCGUGAUGACAAAGUGCGAGUGCAGAACCACGCCUUUGCAAGCCCGCACCAUCGGAUGCCCGAAACGCCAUCUGGCACAAUGGCCAGGCAUUUUGGGUAUCUAGAAAGGGAGCUUGAGCCUGG